AUGCUGGAGUUGACCGAACCAACUGAAUGGAACUGGAUUCCGUCGAAACUAAACGUUGCUGAUGAUGCCACGAAGUGGCAGAGGUUGCCGGAUCUGUCUCCUACAAGUCGCUGGUUUCGAGGUCCUGAAUACCUGUGGGAUCAAAGGGUUGAAUGGCCCGUUACAACUUUGAAUCACGGGCACACCGUCGAGGAAAUACGUCCAAACGUGCUAUAUCACGUCGAAGAGCGUGCGCUGUUUCGAUGGGAGAAGUUCUCACAAUGGAAACGGCUUCUACGCCAGGUGGCAUUUGUGAAACGGUUCCCAGCGAACGUUCGUAGGAAAAAAGCGAAGCAGAAUAUCGUUACUGGAGUGCUGACUCAAAAAGAGCUCAAGGAAGCAGAAAUUUUCAUCCUCAAACUGGUGCAGAAUGCUGUGUUCGCUCCUGAAAUAGAGUCACUGCACAAACCGAACAAGGUACCCUGGAAGAAAGCAUUACCGAAAAGUAGUCCGUUGUACAGGUUGAGUCCAUUCAUUUCCGAAGAUGGGAUUCUACGUAUGAAAGGCCGAAUAGACGCAUGCGAAUUUGUUGACGAGCGUACCAAGCAUCCGGUACUGCUGCCCAAACGUCAUCCUGUUACAGACCUCAUUAUCGCUGAAAUUCACCAAAGAUACUGUCAUAUCAACCACCAGACCGUGCUCAGCCAAAUUCAGCGUAGGUUCUAUGUGCCUCAGCUUCGCUCAGCUUAUAACCGGGUGCGUGCAGGAUGCCAGUAUUGUAAAAACCGCCUUGCGAAGCCGUUUACCCCAGAGAUGUCCGCACUUCCUUCUACGCGGUUGAAGGCCUUUUGUCGCCCCUUCUCCUACAUAGGCAUCGACUAUUUCGGUCCGAUGUAUGUUGUUGUUGGAAGACGAACCGAAAAACGUUGGGUAUUGAUAACUUGCCUCACCGUUAGAGCCAUACACCUAGAAAUUGCAUACAGUCUCACAACAGAUUCAUGCAUACUUGCCAUCAGGAAUUUUAUUGCCAGAAGAGGUACGCCCCUCGAAAUAGUGAGUGAUCGGGGAACUAACUUCGUUGGAGCCAGUCGCGAGCUAAAGCAAGAGCUAGAGAAGCUGAAUCAGGAGAAGUUGAUGGAAUAUUUUGUCACUAGUGACACAAAAUGGACAUUUAACCCACCUGCAUCUCCACACUUCGGCGGAGCCUGGGAACGUCUCGUUCAGUCUGUUAAAAAAACCCUAAAGCACCUCCAAAUUUCGCGCACACCCACCGACGAGCUUUUAAGAAACAUGAUGGCGGAGAUCGAACUAAUCGUAAAUUCUAGACCCUUAACCGAGCUACCGCUGGAUGACGAAAUGUCAUGCCCACUCACACCGAACCAUUUCUUACUCGGAUCGUCAGACGGUUCUAAGCCCCCGAUCGCGUUCGACGAUAAGUAUUAUGCCCUGAAACACACCUGGAAGAUGUCCCAGAUCUACGCAAACCGGUUCUGGAAACGAUGGAUAGCAGAAUAUCUAGCAACGUUGACGCGAAGGACGAAGUGGUUUCAGCCGGUGAAGCCUAUCGCCGAAGGAGAUAUUGUCAUCGUGGUGGAUGAGACGCUACCGAGAAACUGUUGGCCCAAAGGUCGGGUAGUGAAUGCAAUCCGGUCGAAGGAUGGACAGGUUCGUCGCGCUCAGGUGCAGACAGCUAAUGGUAUCCUGGAGAGACCGGCCGUAAAACUUGCGGUGUUGGACCUUAGUGCAACCGUAAGUACGUCGGACCCUUGAUCACGAAGUACUGGGGGGAGUGUCGCGAUCUUUCAUCGCUUCGCACUUCGGUCCAACCCUUUCAAUGCGAAACGCAGCGGUCAAAGUGACACACAGCCCUGUGCGUUGUCAAGGCGCCACUGGCUGUCACUACAGAACGUCAGCAGAACGGAAGAACGAGGGAAAAAAGAAAAAAAAGAUUCUGACGACUGAAGGUGUGAACGAAAACGUGCGGCUAUUAAAAUUUGCUAAACUAACAGUUUACUUAUAUAUCUAUACACGAAUAGUUACUAAAAUUAUUAAAAAUUGGAACACUAAAUAAAACUAAGUGAAAAAUUAAAAGCAUAAUUAAAAUUGUGAAGCUAAAACUUACGAUCUAAUAGUACGGUCCUAAGUACGGUCUAAAAACGAGCUGCUGCCCGAAUGUCUACGGGAGAAUUCAACAAAUAAUUAACGAAAACAGAACCGGAAACAAUAUUGUCACUGAUUGCCUAGGAAUACGAGUUAAAAAAGAGGCAUUAAACGUAAGCUUUUCGACUUAUCUUUCAUUCUUAUAUAAAUUACCUAUUAUAUACUAUAUAUUAGUCAUUACAUGCUAUAUUGUACAUUACCCACAUAAACUCAUUUAAAACCCAUAUACACAUGUAAAAUUUAGUAUUAACUUAACCUAAUAGUUAUUCACUACCGUACAAUUAUGUUUCUCCGGUAGGAAUUUUUUAACGUUACGUUGCGUA